AUGGCAAGCAAGAAGAAAGAAGUCCAGCUCCAGACCACAAUUAACGAUGAAAACCAGUGGAAUGAAAUGUUGCUGAAAAAAGGUGUAACAGUAAUAGAUGUCUAUCAAGCUUGGUGUGGUCCUUGCAAAGCUGUGAUGAAUUUAUUCAGAAAACUGAGGACUGAGCUGGGGGAAGAAGAUAUGUUGCAUUUUUCAGUGGCAGAGGCUGACAGCGUUCCAGUUCUGCAACCAUUUAGGAAUAGUUGUGAACCCGUGUUUCUUUUUUGUGUUAAUGGCAAAAUUAUUGCAGAAGUGAGAGGUGCAAAUGGUCCUCUGAUAACUAAGAAAGCAACAGAGCUAGUGCAAGAAGAGAAGGAUAUUGCAGCCGGAACGAAAGAACGCGUAGAAGUAGAGGAACUUGUUUUCCUAGAAAGAAUUUCAUCAGAAGAAUCUACUGAGGAGGAAGAACCCGAACCCAAAGAAAUAGUCCAAUAUUCCAUUGCAAUUAUAAAGCCUGAUGCUGUCUUAGAGGGACGAGUAGAAGAAGUUAAAAAAAAGAUUAAAAAUGCAGGAUUUGGCAUUGAAGCAGAGGAGGAGAAAAUGCUAACUGAGGAGCAAAUCAGAGUGUUCUAUGCCCGAAAAAAAGACCAGCCUGAUUUUGAGGAUUUUGUUCAAGCCAUGUUGAGUGGACCAUGCCAUGUUUUGGUAAUUGCUGUAAAAGAAACAUCCGAUGCUAUUCCUCACUGGAAAGAACUACGUAAAUUGAGUGAGGAUCAUGACGCUGAGGCUGACAAGCCAGACAGGAUCCAGGGAGCAGAAACUGAGGAGAGUAUAUUAAAUUUAUGUGAUAUCCAAGACAGUUUAGAAGAUGCCAGCAGGCAACUUGCCUUCUUUUUCCCAAAUUUUGAUAAAAAGAAGACAGACCAAAAAGUUGAAAAGACUUUGGCCUUAAUUAGACCCACCCUUUUAAAGGAAAGACGAGAUUCUAUUAUUCAAAGAAUAAAGGAUGAUGGCUUCCAAAUUGCAAUGCAGAAAGAAAUAAUCCUAACUGAAGCACAAGCACGUGAAUUUUACAAAGAGCAUGAAAAUGAAGACUACUUCCCAGUUCUUCUGGAGCAAAUGACCAGUGGCCCAACUCUUAUUCUUGCUCUAACACGAGAAAAUGCUGUAGAACACUGGAGGAGUUUAUUAGGCCCUAAGGUUGUUGAAACAGCUAAGAAGGAAAAUCCAGAGAGUUUACGUGCAAUGUAUGCAUUCAACGACGUACCUAUUAAUCAGCUGCAUGGUAGUUCUACACUCGAUGAUGCUCAGAAGGAAUUAGACUUCUUCUUCCCUCAGGAGCACACACUGGCAGUAAUCAAACCUGAUGCUGCUAAGACCCAUAAAGAUGACAUUAUGCAAAGAGUGAAAGAUGCUGGAUUUACCAUCUCAAAGAUUAAAGAACAAGCUUUAACUCAUGAAAUGGCUACACAGUUUUAUGACCAACACAAAGGAAAACCCUUUUUUGAUGACUUAGUGUCUUUUAUGACUGAGGGCCCAUCAGUGAUAAUGGUCUUAACGAAGGAAAAUGCUGUAGAAGAGUGGAGGCAACUAAUGGGUCCAACUAAUCCAGAAGAGGCAAAACAGACUUGUCCUGAAUCAAUUCGAGCUCAGUUUGCACACGAUAUUUUGUCUAAUGCUGUUCAUGGGUCAUCUACUCAAGAACAUGCACUGAAAAGCAUUGAGUGCGUAUUUGGAGAGAUCGAGAUUGCUUGA